AUGGAAGGAAGCUUGGAAGGUAUGCUAAUGAAAGUGAGCAUUUUUGCUCUGGUUCAAGCUCUUGUUUAUCUCAUUCUCUCUAAAUCUUCGAGCGUUUUCUCUAAGUCAAAGACGAUGAAGAGAGCUUACAGUUUCCGGUCAGCGAGAUCAAUCAGCAUCAGCCGAAUUCUGGCGGUUCUUCAAGACAUGCCUGCAGGCGGGGAGAUGUCACCUUCUUCCAUGGGAUUUUCUUCUCUUGCUUCUCCUUCAUCUUAA